AUGCUCCUUCACAAAGACCACGAUGCUUCAUCACCAUCCAGAAACUCCUCCCCCGAUGUCGUCCUUAUGGUGUCCAAUCCAGACAUCGGACGAGUGGAUAGAGGAACCAGUCCUCACCCAAGCAAUGCUGGACGAAUUGAUAGAGGAACCAGCCCUCACCAUCCAGAGCCUGCCGUCGUCACCCUCACUCCACACCUCAAUAACUUCUCAGAUGACGACGCCGAGGACUACGCCAAGUUCAAAGAAAGGGAAAGAACUCGCCGACCGUCAUCCCAGGGGGCCCCACGAAAUGCAUCACGGAAUGAAAACCCUGAUGACAGAAACCUACCGGGCUCUGACGAAGUACCAGUGGGAGUUUCACCUCCUGCUACAAUCGCGGCAAGCAUUGGAACUGCAGCUCAACUACCAAGCCAUGGAGAAACUGAAUCGAUACCAGUUAUACAGGGAGCUACACCUCCGCCAGUACCAACUGGUGGACAGAUUCCCCACUCCAUGGGAAGAACUACCCUUGGUACAAAUCCUCACGCCGGAGAAUUGGAGCGACACGCGGACGCGCUCCUCCAGCGAAGCACUAUCUCCGCGGUAAUACAAAUGGCCACAGCCAUGGCCCUACAACGACUCGCUAACUUCGCUGCAGGGCAACCCGGGAAUGAGCAUAGCGACAUACCUCGACGACUGGCUAGUGCCAGUCUCCAGAUCAGAGGACUCGCCCUCCAAACAGACCCUGACACCGCCUCUUGGUAUGAACAUAACGACGGACGGCCACGAGCUCUCCUCAUCCAUCCCGACGAAUUCUCCCAGUAUGUCAACAGAGAGCUCCUUCCAGCUCUCCUCUUCACCAGAGAACUGGGCGCCGUCCAACCAAGUAGAACCGACCCUUUCCGCAUUGUCGUCUGGAAUGUACCACGUCCCGGAGAACAUCCCACGGCUGUACCAAAUCCAAGAAGGGCUCCGCGCACAGUCGUGGAACGCCCUUCGCCGAGGCCACGGGAAAGUCGCCCAACACAUAGCAAUCCCACGACGUCCCCCUCUCACCGGGUACGAAAUUUUCCCUUAUCCCAUGGGGGUACCGACGAGGAGGAACCGCCCGUCUAUCGAAGAAACGAGGGAAGAAGAAGUCGAGGAACCCAGGCAACCCUCCGCCGCGGAACAACUACUGGCGGGAGUGUUCGACACCGGCCUGGAACGCCUCCUCCUAGUGCUCGAUUUCGUACAGACGAGGGACAGAAUAACCGAAGUAGCCGCAGAACUCGCCGCGCUGAUUCGGAGGCUAGAAGAAAUCGCUCUUGGACUCGAUCCGAGCUCGAUGCAUGGGACGCUUUAGAUGACCCUGGAAAUUACGACGAUGCCGAUCCGUAUUAUCGGCCUGAUGAAGGAGGCGAUGGGUACCAAGGACCCUAUGACUACUAG